AUGGUGAUCUGGGACAGAAGCCUCCAUGAACCCAUGUAUCUCUUCUUGGCCAUGCUAGCUCUCAAUGAUGUUCUACUUUGUACUGUCACGGUGCCCAAAAUGCUUCUUAUCUUUUGGCAGGGCCCUUCCAUAUCAACAUUCUCUGCCUGUCUCACACAGAUGUUUUUCAUUCAUGCUCUGUUUCUCUCUGAAUCUGCUGUCCUACUGGCCAUGGCUUUUGACUGCUAUGUGGCUAUCUGUGCACCACUCCAUUAUACUACCCUACUUACAGGCUCUCUCAUUAGAAAACUGGUCCAGGCUCUGGUAGCUCGAUGUGUGGUUGUGGUCACCCCUGGUGUCCUACUUAUUCUCCACCUGCACUUCUGCCAGAGCAACAUCAUUCACCAUACUUACUGUGAGAACAUGGGCAUUGCCAAAUUGGCUUGCAAUAGCAUUGUCCCUAAUAGCAUUUAUGGGCUCACUGCUGCUCUCCUCACCACAGGACUGGACUUUGUCCUUUUCCCCCUGUCCUACUGGUUAAUCUUGAGAAUAGUCUUCCGACUGCCUUCUAGGGAAGCCCGGACAAAGGCCUUUGGAACUUGUGGAGCCCAUACAUGUGUCAUCCUGAUAUUCUACACUCUGGCCUUCUUUUCCUUAUUUACUCAUCCCUUUGGACACCAUGUACCCAGGCAUGUCCUUAUCCUCCUGGCAAAUCUGUACUUACUGGUGCCGCCUACCAUGAACCCCAUUGUUUAUGGGGUAAAGACAAAAGAGAUAAGGAUGUGAGUGCUAGGACUCUGUGCCCAACCUAAAUGAUCCAAGAGUAAUAAAGCAACAAGGAACAGGGGAGUCCAGGACUGAGAAUCAGGGUUAAAUAUCAAGUCUAAAUAAAUCUGGACAUAUUUACUCCUGCAACAUCUAUGCAAUGAAUAAAUCUUUAAAAAUUUGUAUUUCUAAAUGUUAUCUUCCUAAUAUUGGGUAAAAAGGAAGCUAACAAGGUACUGCUCAAGUACCACCAAGAAUUAUCUGAACAUAUUAAGGUAACAUGCCACUGUAGCUACAUACAUG